AUGCACUCUACCUCCAGCAUGUUGGGCGCAGUGAAAAUGGAAGGGCACGAGCACACAGACUGGAGCUCCUACUAUGGAGAGUCUGAGGGUUACCCUACCGUGAGCAAUAUGAAUCCAGGGAUUGGGAUGAACGGGAUGAACACCUACAUGAGUAUGUCCGCAAUGGGUACCACGGCCAACAUGACAGCGGGAUCCAUGAACAUGUCUUACGUGGGCACCGGGAUGAGCCCGGCGAUGACUGGCAUGUCUCCUGGAGCGGGGGCAAUGAAUGGCAUGGGAGCUGGCAUGACAGGCAUGGGCAAUGCCCUGAGCCCCAGCAUGAGCCCGAUGAGUGCCCAGGCUGGCUCCAUGAACGCCCUGACUUCCUACAGCAAUAUGAGUAUGAGCCCAAUGUACGGGCAGUCCAACCUCAACAGGUCCAGGGAUCCCAAAACUUACCGCCGCAGUUACACCCAUGCUAAACCGCCUUACUCUUACAUCUCGCUCAUCACCAUGGCUAUUCAGCAAUCUCCCAGCAAGAUGCUGACUCUGAGCGAGAUCUACCAGUGGAUCAUGGACUUAUUCCCCUUCUAUCGGCAGAAUCAGCAACGAUGGCAGAACUCCAUCCGCCACUCUCUGUCCUUCAAUGAUUGUUUCCUCAAGGUCCCCAGGUCGCCAGACAAGCCGGGCAAAGGCUCCUUCUGGACCCUACACCCGGACUCGGGCAACAUGUUUGAGAACGGCUGCUACCUCCGGCGGCAGAAGCGCUUCAAGUGCGAGAAGAAGCAAGCCAUGAAGAACUCGCAGGACCCCACCAGGAAAGCGUCCGGCGAGGCGGGCUCCACGGGCAGCGGCAGCAGCUCGGACAGCAGCGCCGGCAACGAGUCGCCCCAUUCCAGCGGCUCCCCGGGGAGCGGCCAAAAGAGGCCCAUGGUGGAUAUGAAGUCGGCCUCGACCCUGAGCCCGGAGCACAGCCACGCCAGCAGCGCGGUAUCCCAAGCCCAGCAGCACUUGAUGCACCCGCACCACUCGGUCCUGUCUCACAUCCCCUCGGAAGCCCAGCUUAAACCAGAACACCACUACUCAUUCAACCACCCCUUCUCAAUCAACAAUUUAAUGUCUUCCGAACAGCAACACCACAAAAUGGACUUAAAGGCUUACGAACAGGUGAUGCAUUACUCUAACUAUAGUUCCCCCAUGUCCACCAAUCUGCCCAUGAGCUCCAAAGCCGUCUUAGAUUCUUCGUCCAUCUCCAGCGACACGUCUUACUACCAAGGUGUGUAUUCCAGACCUAUUAUGAACUCUUCUUAA